CCUCCCAGUCAUUCUUCUUGCUUUGUGCAAUUGCCGAAGCCACGCUGCAGCUACCUUCUCUUGGACACCGGUGCUGCUAAACAACAGAAUAAUGGCUAUGCACGUACCUAAAGCACCGGGCUUCGCCCAGAUGUUGAAAGAUGGCGCAAAGCACUAUUCUGGUCUGGAAGAGGCUGUGUUCAGAAACAUUCAGGCUUGUAAGGAACUGGCCCAGACCACACGAACUGCCUAUGGUCCCAACGGAAUGAACAAGAUGGUGAUCAACCACCUGGAGAAGCUGUUUGUGACCAAUGAUGCUGCUACCAUCCUCAGAGAACUGGAGGUGCAGCACCCGGCUGCCAAGAUGAUCGUGAUGGCGUCGCACAUGCAGGAGCAGGAGGUGGGGGAUGGGACGAACUUCGUCCUGGUCUUCGCUGGGGCUCUGCUGGAGCUGGCUGAGGAGCUGCUACGCAUGGGUCUGUCUGUGUCUGAGGUGAUUGAGGGCUAUGAGCUGGCCAUGAAGAAGAGUCUGGAGCUCCUCCCAGACUGUGUGUGCGCGUCAGCGAAGAACCUCCAUGACGUAGAGGAGGCCACCGCCAUGAUCCGUCCUGCUGUCAUGUCCAAACAGUAUGGCAAUGAGGACUUCCUCGCCAACCUCAUUGCUCAGGCCUGCGUCUCCAUCUUCCCAGAGUCUGGUAACUUCAGCGUGGAUAAUGUCAGAGUGUGCAAGAUCCUGGGUUGUGGGCUGACUGCCUCCUCAGUGCUUCAUGGCAUGGUGUUCAAGAAGGAGACUGAGGGAGACGUAACGUCCGUCAAAGACGCCAAGAUCGCCAUCUUCUCCUGCCCCUUUGACUGCAUGGUCACUGAAACAAAGGGCACCGUGUUGAUAAAGAAUGCAGAUGAGCUCCUCAACUUCAGUAAAGGAGAGGAGGACAUGAUGGAGGCACAGGUUAAGGCCAUCUCGGAGGCGGGCGUUAACGUGGUGGUGACAGGAGGCAAGGUGGCCGACAUGGCUCUACACUACGCCAACAAAUACCAGCUGAUGGUUGUCAGGCUAAACUCUAAAUGGGACCUUCGGAGGCUCUGCAAGACUGUAGGAGGUGUAGCCCUGCCCAGACUGACCCCUCCCACCCCAGAGGAGAUGGGUCACUGUAACAGUGUGUACCUGACAGAGGUAGGAGACACACAGGUGGUGGUCUUCAAACACGAGAAAGAGGAUGGUGCCAUCGCCACCCUGGUGAUCAGAGGCUCCACUGACAACCUGAUGGAUGACAUCGAGAGGGCCAUCGAUGAUGGGGUCAACACCUUCAAGGUUCUGGUCAGAGACAAGCGGCUGGUGCCUGGGGCCGGGGCCACUGAGAUCGAGCUAGCCAGACAGAUCACGUCAUACGGAGAGUCGUGUCCUGGUCUGGAGCAGUAUGCCAUUAAGAAGUUUGCAGAGGCUUUUGAGACGGUACCCAGAGCCUUGGCAGAGAACUCCGGCAUCAAGGGCAACGAGCUCAUCUCCAAACUCUACGCGGUUCAUCACGAGGGCAACAAGAACAUGGGCUUUGACAUUGAGGGUGAAGGGGCUUCCUUGAAGGACAUGCUUGAGGCUGGAAUCCUUGAGCCGUACCUGGUCAAAUACUGGGGCAUCAAACUAGCCACCAACGCAGCGAUCACUGUACUCCGAGUGGACCAGAUCAUCAUGGCUAAACCAGCAGGAGGGCCUCGGGCUCCAAAACAGCAAGGUCACUGGGACAAGGAUGAAGGAGAUGAGCCUGAACACUUUGAUACACACCAUUAACCUCAGACAGAUCAUCAUGGCCAAACCUGCAGGUGGACCAAAACCUCCCACUGGCAAGAAGGACUGGGAUGAUGAGGACUGAUUGUCCGCUGACCCCAAACACCUAUCCUCGUUUGACCCCUAUGACCCCCAUCCCACUUUUUCUACUGUUUAUUUAAAGGCCUAGGAGUAGGAGUGUUUUGUUGACCCAGCGUGAUUUGGUCGGUGGGUAAUGCUAUACUAAACGAUGUAUAGGAAUAUAUGGACAACGAUGGCACUGUUUAGCUUCUUAUGUUCUUGUCCCAAAUAAAAGCCACUUGAGCUGUCAUGA